CCAAAGCUGCUCCUCACAGAACUGCACAUGCUAUCGCCCAGUAGCUGCUGCUUGACCCAUCCCUUUGGAUGAGAACUUGCUUUUGUUCUGCUCUUCUCCUCCUUGGGAGUAGUAAUAUGUGGGGAUGGAGCUGAUCAGGGGUUAUUUUCUGAAGGGCUCAGGUCACAGACAGCAUUUGCUCUUCCUGCCUCUGCUCUGAGCUGGGCUGGGAAGCAGGUACGACAGCCACAGAUCCAGGCAUUGCUGUGGGAGGGAAGCAGAAGAGGAGGGGCAUGAGGGAACCGAGCUGCAGCCUCUUUGCCUCUGCUCCAAGCUCUCAGGGCAGCCUCAUCCUCAGUCCUUCGGGCACGGACUUUUUCUCUGCCACAUGAGCUUCUCCAGCACCAGCUGCUAAACCUGCAGUUACCUCUUGGAUAAGACAAAUUCCUCAACCCUCUUUUUUGCCAGUUCCUGGAAGAAUUUGCACUGGAGACAGACAAAGUGUGCAAGAAUCAUCUGAAGAAAACUGCUCCCCAAAGAUAAAACACAGAGCACUGCAAAAACCAAGCAUUCAGCAUCUGGCCACCACUAACAAACAGACCUGCCUGAUAGCAGUCAGGGCUACAGUGACUGCUCCCUGCCUUCCCAGCAGCCUAGCUACAUGGAGGAGCAAGAAGACAGCUUUGUACUUUCCCUUGGAGCCAGCACCAGCAAGUGCAGCUUUGACACUAACCAAACAGGGGCUCCAACAUGCUGGUCAGGAGCAACCAGGGGUGGCCCGGAAGUGGUGAUUGUACCAGUGCUUUUUGGGUUGAUUUUCCUCCUGGGAAUGGUGGGAAACACGUUGGUGUUGGUUGUCUUGGGACGUUUCCGGCCUAGGAGACGCCCAUCACGAAGCGUUACCAAUAUCUUCAUCCUGAACUUGAGCAUUGCAGACUUCUCCUUUCUGCUCUUCUGUGUCCCCUUCCAGGCCACCAUCUACUCCCUGCCAGAGUGGAUCUUCGGUGCCUUCUUUUGCAAAUGGGUUCACUACUUGGCUAUGGCAACAAUGCUGGUCAGCAUCUUUACUCUGGUGGCUAUGUCCAUGGACCGAUAUAUUGCUGUGGUCCACGCCAAGCGUUCACACUGCAUCCGCAGCAAGCGCAAUGCUGCCCUCGGUGUGGGUAUCAUUUGGCUGCUGUCUCUAAUCAUUGCCAUCCCUGUGGCCCAGCACCAGGCCCUCAUGAGUGGUCAUCAGCAAGCACCCAACAGCUCCUUCUGCUGGGAGCGCUGGGCAAACGGUUCAACAGCCAAGCAGAUGUACAAGGUCACCAUCCUGCUGGUGGGGUACCUCCUGCCCCUGGUGCUCAUCACCUGCUGCUAUGCCAAGGUUUUGUAUCAUCUCCAUACGAAAGUAAAGAACAUUUCCAAGAAGUCAGAGAGAUCAAAGAGGAAGACAGCACAGACCGUGCUACUUGUGGUUGCUGUGUUCCUGCUCUCCUGGCUGCCACACCACAUUAUCACAAUGUGGGCUGAGUUUGGGCAGUUUCCCCUGAACAACAUCUCCUUCACCUUCCGCAUCAUCUCUCACUGCCUAGCCUAUGGGAACUCUUGCAUCAACCCCAUCAUUUACGCUUUCCUCUCAGAAAACUUCCGCAAGGCCUGCCGGCAAGUCUUCACCCGCAAGCUCUUCCUGCAGCCAGUUCCUGCUGAGAAAUUGGUCAGAAUACGUAUGGAGAACUUCUCCACCACACACUCGACUACUAACAUGUAAAUUGGUCUCACAAAUACGUUUCAGGAGGAAGAGGAGGGGUAAGAGUGUUGUCUGGGGAUAACAAGUAUACAAGUGCAUUUCAGGGAGUGGUGCAACCUCAAUAAUGUGGAUUUUGUUAGAUUACCAGAGUUGUAGGAGGCAUUCUCCAUGUGGCUGUUAGGACACUUGACACAGCUUGUCCGAGGGCACCUUGCUAGGUGCAACAUAACUUUUCGAAUGUCCUUGUACUGCCCAUAAGAUAGAACUCAUAUGUAGCUGUAGUUAUGUCUAAAAUACAUAGUAGUAGUAAAGUAGUAGUCUAAAGAGCUCCACAGAAGACAAAAGAAGGACAGACAGAAAAGAACAGUUAAUUAUGCAUGUAGACAGUCAUUAGGAUGUGAACAGUAAGUGAUGUGACAUUUAGAGAGCAUAGAAAAACAUUUAGGAAAACUGAAUCUAAAAAGCUUUUGAGUAUGUCUUUGUCUCUUAUGUAGGUUUGACCAUAUGCAAGCUACAUCUUUAGCUCGCUAGCUCUGAUGGGGUCUCUAAAUCUCUUUGAAGGCUUUGCUAUAGUAUUUAGCUACUGGGUAGUAGAACUUUCACAUGAUGUGUCAGUGAUGUGCAUGUCUGCAUUUGUUAGCUCUGUAACAGCUUACAUAUCCCAGGGUUUGAAUGUGUGUGCACUCCUAAAGGUAAGUAUUGCUGUUUAUCACUGGCUCCAGUAACUGUCUCUUUGUGAGUAGUAAAGUGUUCUUUCUCAAAACAUGCUUAAAAGAACAGUGGUUUUGUUUGAAAGCAACAUUUACAUAAGGCUUUACUGGUAAAUAUAGUGUUCUCUGAGUAUAUAUAUCCAAAGCUUUUUAUUGGCCACUUUAGCAUGUAAAUGUCAAAAGUUUUGGGGGUUUUUGCUAGGAAUACUUGUUGUGAUCUGUUGUGAUCAAGAGCACCAUAGCAACAAUCAGGUUAAACAUUGUAGCACGUUCAAGGUUCCUGUUUGUAAAUAAAUAAAGUGCAUAUUAGUUCAAAAUUAA